AUGGAGCAAAUUCCAAAGUACUCGUCGUCAGCUCCCACCAAACCAUCACCUCUGGAGGGCUAUCAGAUUGGGGAGGCAAAGGCUGAUCUCCGAAAGAUUUUAGGGACAGACUUGCCCCCGCCAAUCGACUUUACUCCUAAAGCGUCCAAAGGAGUCGGCAAUCUUGCAGGAUCGAGGUCAACCGAACAGUCUCCUGAUGCUGCAACCUCUCGAAAUAGCAGUUCUCACGAUCCCCUUGGGAACAUGAGUCUCAAGGAUGAAGCUAAGAUGGGAGACGAUGCUGCGAAGCUACUCAGUGACUAUACCUCGUCAUUUAACACCAGGGCUCAGAAAUUGAUUUGUUGUAUCAUCAAUUACCUCAAAGCUGGCAUACAGGUGUCUCUUGAGACGGCAGCACCGUGA